AUGUAUUAUCCCAAACCCGAAAAUUUCCGCGAUCAACCAAUGAACUCAAACAAAUCAAGGUCUCGUAGUAGAAAGCGGCGCGCAGAAUCUCCUCCAUCAUCACAAACUGGUGAUACUAAGGGCACCACGAAGUCCACAAGCACCACAGCCUAUAGUCGGAACUUCCAGCAGCACCUAAUCGAUCAUGGAGUCUAUCCACCGGAAUAUAGGUAUCCGGACCGUCGCAAGCCAUCAAAACCGAGUAACUGGACGGAGAUCAAUGAAAGACUAGCACAACCAAGAGCUUCACUUUCGCCCUCAAAGUUUUCUGAAGAUCGCUUUGAAGACUUCCGAGAAGCAGACGCAUAUGCAUCUAAGGAGAAACCAAUUACAAGUUCGGUUGUACCCAUUCUUGAUGGCGAUGUUGGUGACGCUAAGUGUGUUGGAGGGGAUUACCUCUUUGGAAAUCUUGCUCCUUUAACUGAUGGCACACUGGCUCAGGCCAAACCAGAUCACUUCUACGGCGCGCGUCCUGAACAGCUUGAUCGUCAAAUCCGCAACAAACUUAGUGACCAUAUCAUUCCAUCAACGCAAGAUGACCUUCCAAUGGUACCAAACUUCUUUUUGGAAGCAAAAGGCCCUGAUGUAUCCUUGGCUGUAGCUACACGGCAGGCUUGCUAUGAUGGCGCACUAGGCGCUCGGGGUAUGCACGCUCUCCAGUCAUAUCAACAAGACGGAUCAACUUACGACAACAGUGCUUACACUCUUACGUCGACUUAUCAUGGCGGUACACUCAAGCUAUAUACAACUCAUCUCGCUGAGCCUGAAGGCCCAGGCAGUCGCCCUGAGUAUAUUAUGACCCAGCUCAAAGGCUGGUCGAUGACCAGUGACCUGGGGACCUUUCAGCAAGGAGCAUGCGCAUAUCGAAAUGGUCGGGACUGGGCAAAGGAAAAGAGGGACGAAUUUAUUAGGACAGCAAAUGAAACAAACUCAACGGCUCAAUCUCAGCUUCUUCAUUCAACAUCUCAUAGCCAGACAGCUUCCGAGGCAGCUCCUAUCAUGGACGACUCUGAUGUAUCAACAUUGUCUGACGAUGCGGAGUAUUCAAAUGCGCAAUGGAGCUUCGCAGCCACAACCGAAGAAAAAGCAGAAAAAGAGAUUCUUAGCAGGAAUGCCAAGAAGCCGAGAGUUAGUUCCAUUGGUCAAGUAGCGGGUAACAACCUAGAUACUCAGUGUCCGAAUUGA